AUGGCAAUGAUGGCUCUCCACUUCAUGCCUGCUCGAGCUUUCGUUGUUGUUCUUUUCUUCUUCUUCUCUUUGUGUUCAUCGAAUUCGUCGGUUGUUGGCUCGUCGUGUGAUUUGACAUCUGUUUGUAAAACUUAUUUGACUUUCUUUGCAAAGUCUCCUGACUUUUUGGAUUUGGACAAUGUGUCUGAUUUGUUUGGAGUUCGUCGAUCGUUGAUUGCUGAUGCUAGUAACUUGAAUGCCGAGAACGGUCGUCGUCUAUUCCCGGGGGAGCUCUUGUUGAUUCCUGUUAACUGUACCUGCAGUGGAAAUCAGUACUUUGCCAACAUUACUUACCAAAUUAAAGAGGGUGAUGUGUAUUAUACUUUAGCAAUGACUUCCUUUCAGAAUCUUACUGAAUGGCAUUUAGUGAAUGCUUCAAAUCCCAAUUUGGGUCCAAGCUUACUUCACAAAGGAGAUGAAGUAACUUUCCCUCUCUACUGCAAGUGUCCAUCAAAAACUGACAUUGAAAAGCGUAUCAAUUACUUCGUUACAUACAUAUGGCGGCCGACCGAUAACAUUUCUGUUGUUAGCAAUGAGUUUAAUGUCUCGAGCGAUGCUGUAUUAGCUGAAAAUAACUACACGGAUAUGAAAGAUGCAGCGAACCUUCCGGUGUUUAUUCCCUUGUCACGAUUGCCUCUUUUCUCUCAUGUGAGUCCGAAUGAGACGAAGACGAACGGUAAACACAGGAAGAUUAUUGUCGUUUUAAUAAGUGUCGGAAGUUCGAUUUUUAUCGUUGUUUUAAUAGUUGGAUUGGUGUGUGCUCAUUUUGUUCAUAAGAAUAGGAAGUCAGUGAAAUGGAACAAGGUUUCUGUGGAAAUUACUAGUACUCCUACAAGGAACAAAGGCUUUGGAGCUAAGACUGAUUUGAAAGAUGAUAGAUUGCUUCCUAAGGUUUCAGACUAUCUAAGCAAGCCAAUCAGGUAUGACAUCAAUGCGAUCAUGGAAGCAACCAAGAACCUAAAUCGGUGCACUCGAGUUGGAGGAUCGGUGUAUCGAGCUACAAUCGACAAGCAAGUUGUUGCGAUAAAGAAAAGCAAGGAAGAUAUAACAGAGGAGCUGAACAUUUUGCAGAAAGUAAACCAUGUGAAUCUAGUAAAAGUAAUCGGCUUCUCUACCGAUGUCAACUGGAGUUGCUUCCUAGUUUAUGAAUACGCCGAAAACGGCUCACUUGAUAAAUGGUUGUCCUCUUCUUCGUUGCCCACCCUUACAUGGGAUCAAAGGAUUUCCAUAGCAUUAGAUGUGGCCAAUGGUUUACAAUAUAUGCACGAACACAUUCAACCGAGCAUUGUUCAUCGAGAUAUCCGAAUGAGUAACAUACUUCUCGACUCGAGAAUGAGGGCAAAGAUAACAAAUCUCUCCAUGGCAAAGCCUGCACUAAACACUACAUCACAUAAGAUAGAUAUUUUUGCUUUUGGAGUUGUUUUAUUAGAACUACUUUCUGGGAAAAAUGCGACCGAAAUGAAAGGCGACGAUGACGCUGUGAUGCUAUGGAAGGUCAUAAGAGAGGUGAUGGAUGGUGAGGAGACGAAGGAAGGAGGGCUAAGGACAUGGAUGGAUCCAAGGCUUAAAAACUUCUAUCCUAUUGAUGGAGCUUUGAACUUGAUAGAUUUAGCCAUGACGUGUACUCAUGACUUGCCAAUGGUUAGACCAAGCAUGACUGAGAUUGUGUUUAAUCUCUCUGUUCUCACUCAAUCAUCUUCUUUAAUAUCACUUGAAAGAUCUUGGGUUUUAGGUUUGGAAUCGAUAGAGAUUAGUGAAAAGGUUGAUACAGUUUUGGCUCGAUGA